UAGACUAACUAAUCUACUAGUUUAUCUUUGGACUUAACCUUAUUGUCAUUCCGAUUCAAAAUAACUUCCUUGCUAUCAAAGCAUAUGUAGUUUAUUUCGGAGAACAUUUCGUUGCAAUUUUUGAGUGAGUGAGUUAUUGUUCACUUCGUCCAGAUAUAUUCAAAAUGGUUUGUAAGGAGGGUCAAACUGUUUAUCCCGGAGAUGUGCUUACUGGCAUGAAAUCUACUAAAAUGGUGAGUAUUAUCGGACCAGGAUUGCAACGAAAUGACGAUAUUCCAAACUCUGUCAUUGCUACAAAAGUUGGAACUAUAGGAUUCAAGUCUCCUAAUAUAUAUUGGGUUGAAAGUAACGAGAAGCGAUACUCGCCAAAAAGGGGAGAUUUUGUUGUAGGAAUCGUUAUAAAGAAAGCUGGUGAUAUGCUGAAAGUGGAUAUUGGUACAAGUGAACAUGCUUCCUUAUCGAUGAUGUCUUUCGAAGGUGCAACUAAGAAACAAAAAGUCGAUGUGAAUGUUGGUGAUGCCGUUUUUGCAAGGGUACAUAAUGCUUGUAAAGAAAUGGAACCAGAAUUAACAUGUGUUGAUGCUUUCUUCAAAGCAGGAAAAUUAGGAUUACUAUCCAAUGAAGGAUUUCUUUUCAAUACUAGUGUAAAGAUGGCCCAGAAACUGUUAAAUAUUGAAUAUCCUUUAUUGUGGACACUUGGAAAAAAAUAUCCCUUUGAAAUUGCUGUUGGACUUAAUGGAAAAAUUUGGUUGAGGUGUAACAGAACUUUAGAUACAUUCAAAAUUCAACAAGCUAUUCAAAUUGCUGAAAGACAAACAAACAAAGCAAUCCAGGAAACAUGCCGAAAGAUUAGAUGAGGAUCAUUAAAAACAUUGUAUCAGUUUUCAUAUUGCUAUCUCAUCCCACAUAUUUCAAUAAUUCAGAUUAAAAGAUUAGAAAUUC